CAGUCUUCUGUGUUCAAAAUGUUUUGCAUCAUGUUCAGUAAUGUCUCUGUCUCUCUACCUUCUGUGCCAGCCAGUGGAGGUCUGUGUCGGCUUCAUGAUGUCACCGCUCAUGAGUCUCCCUCAUACUGGGCUCCUAAGACGAGCAAAGGCUGGACCCACUACCAGAAAUCCUGCAAGUCCACUUUUGCCUCACACGAUACCUGGUACAACUUAUUGUGUAACAGCAAAAUUGACUGUCCUGACCCAUACAGCGAUUGUUUGAAAGGCAGAUGUCAAUGUCCUCUUGUCUUCAAAAUAUGGACGGUGUGUCUUUCUAGGAGGUAUUGUGUAGACUGGCAUACAGCAGGCGCCAUCAAGAGCGGUGUCUACACCGUUGAGCUAGGACACAAGGGACUUCGCCCAGUGUGGUGUGAUAUGGACACUGAGUUCGGCGGCUGGAUGGUCAUCUACAGACGUCGCGACGGCUCGGUUGACUUUCACCGGAACUGGGCAGACUAUGAAAACGGGUUUGGUAACAUCUCUGGAGAUUUCUGGCUGGGCCUAGACGCCAUUUACGACAUGACAGGGACUGGAUAUAGCCGCUUGAGAGUGGAGCUGGUGGCUACUGCAGGACCACUUCACUUGGCGUAUUACGACUAUUUCUCUGUGUCCGGUCCUGAGGAAGACUACAAACUUUACGCGGGGGGUUACUCGGGUGACGCAGGAGAUGUGUUUGCAGCUAGUCACGGACACCCGUUUCAUACCUAUGACCAUAGCAAGUACGGCUGUGCCACACCAUAUAUUGGCGCCUGGUGGUACCCGCCUGACUGUCAAAUCGGGUUUGAGCCAAACGCCAAUUUUAAACAUCUAAUGUCUUGGCCUGGCAUCGGCUACGUGGCGUAUGCGGAGAUGAAGAUGAAGCCACGAUGGGGCUGACACCACCUUGUCUCCUGUACUCACUGCUUACACCGCCAGUCCACUGUUCACUGUUCACUGUUCACUACAGGUUCCACUAAUGAUGUGAGCUCAGUGUACAGUAAUCUCUCGCAAUAGUCUAGCAUCUGACCCUAGUACAGACUACUUACUGUACUUUAAUUGUUUACUUUGAGUAUAUUGCCUGGUGAUUCUAUAAUCCAUGUGUUGUAUUAUUUCUUUCAGAUUUGGGUUUGAUUGGAUAAACUGACAGGUUUACAAACGUAAAGUCUAAGUUUAAUUAAUUAAUUCAGCAUUCAAUUGUGCCUAGCUUGUAGUAAACGUGUCAUGAACUGUCGCUAUACACCUGAUAGUUUACAGUAAACGUGUAAUGACCUGUAGCUAUACACCUGAUAGUUUAUACAAUGUUGCCAGUUGACUCAGUGUGAAACAGAUGACACUCAUCUUAGUGUUUCAUUUUCACAAUCAUACAAAACACGGAUACUGAUUGUAUCCAACACUGCUGUUCAUUAUUUACUUACUGACGAUGACUGACCAUGACUCAGAUUGCUACAUUCUCUAAUUGUUUGGUGUUUAAAAUGCUUCAAGUUUAUUUUGUGUUAUGUUGUGAAACUUUACCGUGUCCUGCAGUUUGCUUUAUUCAAACAAAAACUGACAUUUUCACAAAGCUAUCAGCGAAGCUUACUUUUCGUGUAAACAAAUAGAACUAUUGCGAAGAAUGAACAGAUAUUUUCAUAAAAGCAAUUAAAAUAAUAAGUAGUAUUGUUGGUAUUUGUCGCUUUGACAUCACUAUGUACUCAAUCUUACCUCCCCUUACCAGGCCUCGUUAGUCUCCUCCUUUUACGGGGAGGUUGAUGUAGAUUUGCUUGUGCAGCUUUAGUAACUGCUGUAACACGGCUUGUGUGCUGUUAAUAUUGCCAUUUGUUGUGCUUGUGUGCUAGUAUUUUACAUUAUUUUGUAUUUACUAAACUCUGGAGGGACUGUUGCCUGCACUGCCUCGCUGUGUUGUAUUCUACAAUGUCACGUGACGCUUUGCUUAAUAAGUAUUUGUCCUAA